AUGAGUUCUUGACAAACAGCAGCUUAGUUAGCCGUCGAGCGCCGUUCAAAUCAGUCGUAUCGUGGUAUUUUUUUGCAAAGCAUUUAAAUAUGAUUUCACUAAAGCAUCCAAAGACGGGAAAAAUUCUGGAGGUUGAUGAAUUUUGGCUCCGAUACCAUUGCCGUUGUGUGGAGUGUGUGGAUGCGGAUACAAAACAGCGACGCUAUAAUCUUUUCGAUCUGCCAGCAGCUGUAAAGGCUUUGAAGCUCAGUUAUAAAUCGGAUCAGGCGUUGUUGUUGGUGGAGUGGAGCGAUGGUCAUAAAGCCAACUACGACAUCGACAACAUCUAUAACUCCCAGCUGGAUGCGCUGAUAAGCCGUCGUACGAGCUCCACAAUCUACACCCCUUGGAAUCGUAGCACUAUUCUAAAGCACGAACAGAACUUGUGCUUCUCUUUGUCUGCGCUGAUCAAUAACGAUGACGUGGUCAAGUCGUUGGUUACUUCUCUGGUACGCUAUGGUAUCGCCUUUAUUAAUGAGGUGCCGCCGACACCCACAAUGACGGAAUUAGCCAUACGCCGCGUAUUUCCCAUCAUGAAAACCUUUUUCGGUGAGCUUUGGACGUUUGGGGAUCGCAAGGAUCAUGCCGAUACGGCCUACACAAAGCUCUACUUAGGCUCCCAUACGGAUAAUACGUACUUUUGUGAUGCAGCAGGCUUGCAGGCUCUGCACUGCAUCGAACAUGUGAAUGGUGAGGGUGGAGAGAAUUUCUUCGUGGAUGGCCUGCAUGUUGUUCAGGAACUAAAGCGCGAAAAUCCUAAGGCAUAUGAGUUACUGUGCCGUGUCCAAGUGCCCGCCGAGUACAUUGAACCGGGACAGCACCAUCGUCACACGGCACCCAUUAUAAAGACCGAUCCGGUAACCGGAGAAUUCGUGCAAAUACGCGUCAAUGAGUACGAUCGAGCUAUAAUGGACACUCUACCCCAAUCGGAAAUGGCAAAUUUUCAUGGAAGCCUACGCGCCCUGCUCGAACUUAUUCGCGAGGAGGCGAACCAGUGGCAGCUAAAGCUGAGCCCGGGCACUAUUGUGAUAUUCGAUAACUGGCGAGUACUGCACGGCCGGAUGGCAUAUACAGGCCAGCGUACUAUGAGCGGCGCGUACGUGCAAAGAACCGAUUUCGUGAGCAAGGCCCGAGUACUGGGUAUUAUCGAAUAG